GCGAGCAGUCGUGGGGUUGGCUGGAUUGUGAUAGGGACAGAUGUCUAGAAAACUGUGAGGGGCACUCCUCGGUUACAACACAGUCCCGGACUGCAGCUCGGAGAGCAGGGGUGGAAUCUGCAGCUGUCACUCCAAAAGGUUUACCUCCAUUAUCGCAUCCAGCCGGAGAUUGGAGAAGAACUGAUCCCUCUCUAGAACCACAGGAGACAUCAUGGGAGGCAAACUAAGCAGAAAAAGGAAAGGAUAUGAUGUCAGCGACCCCAAAGACAAGAAGGAUGAGGCUGCAGCAACACCUGCUGGAGCAGAAGAGUCUGCUAAAGUGGAAGAUGGAGCCCCACCCACAGGAGCCGCUGUGCCAGCUCAGGCAGACAGUGUGGUCGAGGAGACUGCUGAGUCAGCAGUGGCAGCAGAAACUGAAGUUGCAAAACCUCCAGAGGAACCUAAAUCUGCACCUCUAGAAGAACCGGCUCCUGCAGUUACAGAGGAGGCUGUCCCUAAACAGGAAUCGGCAGUUGAGGAAGCAGCACCAGCAGCGGAAGAACCAGUCGCAGCAGCAGUGGAAGCACCUCCUGUUGUAGAAGAAAAAGCUGAAGCAGUGGAGGAAGCAGUGCCAGUAACAGAAGAAGCAGUUGUAGCAGCAGUGGAAGCAGCUCCUGUUGCUCAGGAGCCGGCUGCAGCAGUGGAAGCAGCUCCUGUUGUAGAUGAAAAAGCUGCAGCAGCAGAGGAAGCAGCUCCUGUAGCAGAGGAACCAGCUACAGCAGCAGAGGAACCAGCUCCAGAAAUAGAAGAGCCAGUUGUUGCAGCAGAGGAAUCUGCUCCAGCAGUAGAAGCGGUACAGGAACAAGUUCCAGUAGAGCUCCCAGUGACCACAGCAGAAACAGAGGAAACUUCUGCUCCAGCACCAGAAGAACCUGUUCCAGUUGAAGUCCAACCCCAUGUAGAAGAACCUGCUGCAGCUGUAGAAUCUGUUCCAGAACCAGAAGUUGCUGUAGCCAGCACAGAGGCAGCACCUGUGGACCAAGAGCCAGAGCCAGAGCCUGUACCAGAGACUGUUACUGUGCCUGAAGUCACUGUGGAGGAGGUAGUGGUACCUGCUGUUGCCUCUGAACCUGAACCAGUGGCUGAGCCAGCAACGGUGCCAGUGCUGGAGUCUGCCCCGGAACCAGAACCAACCAUAGAGGUAGAGCCUGAACAAGAACCAGAGCAAGCAGUAGAGAUCGAGGCAGAGGCAGAGAAAGCAACAGAGCCGGAGCAAGUACCAGAGCCAGAGCAAGUACCAGAGCCAGAGCAAGUACCAGAGCCAGAGCAAAUACCAGAGCCAGAACUAAAACAGGAACCAGAACCACUGUCAGUGGAAGCACCUGAGCCAGAACCUGAACCAGAGCAAGCCCCAGAGGCAGAGAUCCAACAAUCACUAGAGCCAGAAGCUGAGCAAGAUGCUGAGGCAGUGAAGUCUCCAGCAGAGGAACAGGUAGAAGAAACUGAACCAGAACCAACAAUAGCCACAUCUGACGUUACUGACAUUGGGACUGUGGAAGCAGAAGCAUGUAAGGUCUUGGAGGCUGCAGCAGAGGAUGUCUCCACUGAAGCCUCCAACACUGAGGCGGCAGCUGAGCCAGAAGCAGCAGAACCUGUCCCUGAUAUUGUCGUCUCAGAUUCUGUCUCUGCCAGUGAAAUUACUGCUGAACCAGAAAAGGCAGCUGAAGAGGUGCCUUUCCCAGAGCCGGAGGUAGAAACCAAGAUGGAAAAUGGAGAAUUAGAGAGCCCCUCUCUUACACCGGAUGCAGCAGAAGUCGAUGCACCACCUGCUGUGAAUGGAGAGUGCAGAGAUGCUGCUGCUGUGGCCACACAGGCAGAGGAAUGUGUUAAUGGGAGUGAAAAGCUCGAGGAGACGCCUAUCAAGGAGCAGAGUGACUUUGAACUGAAAAAGGACGUGAACCUGAGCGGGGACGUCCAGGAAGUUCCCGAUGCAGUCUCAGACAUGGUGGAAGGUCUCAGCACUGAAGUCACUCAGGCAGUCUGAACAGAAGCCAUCUUUCAAAUCAGUGUGAAUUCAGUUUAAUCCCCCCGAUGGUGCAAGACAGCUAUCAAGGUAUCACAAACACAGCUAGGCUUUCUGAAAUGCUGUAACCACUGUAAUGUCUUUAGUGGUAACUCAGGCAAAAGGAUGUUUUCUCUUGAGUAACCAAAAAUUGAAAUGCAACCACUUGAGGAUAGAACGAGCAGACAGACAGAGAUUGAUAGUAAGUGUGAUGAAAGUGCAGAGAAGAGAUCUGAAUUUGGAAAUUUGAGUGCAGACAGACAGUGAAGCUGGACAGCAUGGCAAGAACCUAUGGACAGUAAAUAUGAUAUUAUGGAAUGAAACAAAUAAAUCUGUCUGUGUGUGAGGUCGAUAAACAUGACAAAGUGGUUUAUUGGAAAAGCAUUCAUUAUUAGUAUAUUAUUUGAUUUAGAAUUUCAUAUAUCCUUUCUAUUACUAUAUGCAGAGACAUGACAUGUGUUUUGGCCUUUUAUAAUAAUGGUACCUGUGAGGACUUUUAAUUUUAAACUGAUUGUUCAGAAUAGAGAAUAAAAAGAGAUUGUUAUAGUCUA